AUGAACAAGAAGUGGAAGUUCAGUGGGUUGAAGGACCGUUUGGGGAUGCUGGGUAUGGUGGUGGUCUGCUUGUUGAUUCAGAAUUUGAGUUUUUGUUGGUCUUUGAAUGAUGAAGGUUUGGCGCUAUUGAGGUUUAGAGAUAGAGUAGUCAGUGACCCGUUUGGUGCUUUGUCGAAUUGGAACGAUGAUGAUGGAGAGGUUGACCCUUGCUCAUGGUUCGGGGUCGAGUGUGCAGAUGGAAAAGUUGUGGUGUUGAACUUAAAAGAUCUUUGUCUUGGUGGAACGUUAACACCUGAGCUCAGGAACCUUGUCCAUAUAAAGUCUAUUAUUUUGCGCAACAAUUCCUUUACGGGGAUCAUUCCUGGAGGGAUCGGAGAGUUGAAGGAAUUGGAGGUGUUAGAUUUAGGAUACAACAACUUCAGUGGACCACUUCCGGCUGACCUUGGCAGCAAUUUUUCGUUGGCAAUCCUCCUACUGGAUAACAACAGGCUUCUUGGUAUCUUAUCUCCUGAAAUUCACAACCUGGAGAUUCUUUCCGAAUUUCAAGUUGAUGAGAAUCGGCUUUCUGGUGCAGGCAGAGAAUCAUCUUGCAAUGAAAGAUCCAUUUCAUGGAACCUCGCUCAUAUUGAACACUCUAUUCAUGGGAGAGUGCUCCGAGCAGCAACUGUCCCUCCUCCAGAGGCUAAACAUUUGCUUAGCUUUGAUCAAUUUAAGCCCAACAAAACACCAACGCCAGAAGAGCCAGAACCUUCUGCUUCAGACUCAGGCCCAGAUGGUCUGGCAUCUUCCCCAAAUAGUGACGUUGCACCUGCACCAUCAUCCAACUCGAAUCCAACUUCCCCACCUACCCCACCAGCUUCCUCACCUUCACUUUCUGCUCCAGUAGCAAGUUCCAAAAGUUUCGCAUCAAAGCAUAAAGUCGCGCUAUUGACUGGAGGCACAGGCGUGGCUGUUUCUCUUGCAAUUUCAAUCAUUGUUAUGUAUCUCUAUAAAAGCAACAAGGUAGCUACUGUCAAACCUUGGGCCACAGGAUUAAGCGGACAGCUCCAAAAAGCCUUCGUCACUGGGGUACCAAAUCUUAAGAGAUCAGAGCUUGAAGCGGCUUGUGAAGAUUUCAGUAAUGUAAUAGGUUCUUCACCAAUUGGUACAGUGUACAAAGGGACCUUGUCUAGUGGCGUUGAAAUUGCGGUGGCUUCUCUUGUAGGGACAUCUGCUAAGUGUUGGUGCAGCAAUUUAGAGUUGCAGUUCAGGAAGAAGAUCAAAACAUUAUCAAAAGUGAGCCACAAGAAUUUUGUCAGCCUUAUUGGGUACUGUGAGGAAGAAGAACCUUUCACUAGAAUGAUGGUGUUUGAAUAUGCUCCCAAUGGGACACUUUUUGAGCAUUUACACAUAAAAGAAGCUGAGCACUUGGAUUGGAUAAUGCGAAUGAGAAUAGCAAUGGGAGUGGCCUACUGCCUCGAUUAUAUGCACCAGCUGAACCCGCCUAUAGCUCACAACAACUUGAAUUCUUCAUCUGUCCAGCUAACGGAGGAUUAUGCGCCAAAGGUCUCAGAAUAUAGUUUCUGGAACGAGACAGCUGAAGCUGAGAAAGAAUCACCUGGCAUAAAGCUUUUUAACACACCAUUAGCAAACAGAGAAAGUAAUGUUUACAGCUUUGGUGUCAUAUUGUUUGAAAUGGUAACAGGCAGACUUCCUUAUUCAGUGGACAAUGGCUCACUUGAAGACUGGGCUUCUGACUACUUGAGAGGUGAGCAACCCCUCAAAGAAAUGGUUGAUCCAACUCUAGAAUCUUUCCAAGAGGAGCAGCUGGAUCGAAUCGGAGAAGUAAUAAGAUCUUGCGUCCACCCCGACCCGAAACAAAGACCGCCAAUGAGAGAAGUCAGUGCAAGAUUGAGAGAAAUAACUGGAAUUUCACCUGAUGGGGCAACCCCAAAACUCUCCCCUCUUUGGUGGGCAGAGCUUGAACUGUUGUCUCCAGAUGGAAGCUAG